GCCCAGGAGGGCAAGGGCAUAGCUCGGGGAGCGUAAGGCCACCAAGGUGUCCAAACUGUAACAGGAAUCACUCCGGGAAGUGCAAUGAACCACCCCGGUGCUACAAGUGUGGUAGCACAAGCCACCUCAAACCCUCUUGCCCAAUGUUGAGUGGAGGUGGGCCAUCGGGAGCUGUGGAGGCACCUACGUCUGGAAGGGGUCGUGCAGGACCAUCUCAGGGCGGCACGGGAAGGGGCGGACCUACGGCAAGCAAUGCCGCGUCCGUUAACCAAGGUAGGACCCAGGCACGAGUGUAUGCAAUGACCGAGGCGGAUGCGCGAGCAAACCCGGACUCCGUUGCAGGUUGAGGCUAGAGUCCUACUACCUGCACCUUCGCCAAGGGUGAUUGAUCAAAGAGGAAGACGUGGUUCGUGCUUCCAUUCUUAUUCAAAGUUUAUAAACUGCUCAUGGAUGUUUUUAACAAUGUUUUCCAUUAAAACAUUUGAGGGGCCUGCGUGUCCGUAUUUGCCACGUGUGGCUAAGUAUCAAACAUAUCUUAUUUUCCG